GCGCGUCCUGCGCAAUGUGCGCAUUGUCUUCUGUCAUCUUGGCACAACACCCUGGUCAGGGCAGGGAAUUUAUAUUCUGUCUUCACCACAAUCUCAGAAAGGUGACUGUAUCAAACAAUGGGGAACAGAGACGACGAAUAUGAUUUCUUGUUCAAAGUCGUACUAAUCGGAGACUCAGGAGUGGGGAAGAGUAACCUGCUGUCCCGUUUCACAAGAAAUGAGUUCAACCUGGAGAGCAAGAGCACCAUUGGGGUGGAGUUCGCCACCCGCAGCAUCCAGGUGGAUGGCAAGACAAUAAAGGCUCAAAUUUGGGACACAGCUGGACAGGAACGCUACAGAGCAAUCACCUCAGCGUAUUACCGGGGUGCUGUUGGGGCUCUCCUAGUCUACGACAUCGCCAAGCACCUGACGUAUGAGAACGUUGAACGCUGGUUGAAGGAGCUGAGGGAUCACGCUGACAACAACAUCGUCAUCAUGUUGGUUGGAAACAAGAGCGACCUCCGACACCUCAGGGCAGUGCCCACUGAUGAGGCUCGGGCCUUUGCAGAAAAGAACACUCUCUCAUUUAUUGAGACAUCAGCGUUGGACUCCACAAAUGUAGAAGAAGCAUUCAAGAACAUUUUAACAGAAAUCUACCGCAUCGUGUCGCAGAAGCAGAUAGCGGACAGAUCGGCACACGAUGAGUCUCCAGGCAACAAUGUAGUGGACAUAAGUGUCCCCCCAACCACGGACGGGCAGAGGGGCAACAAACUCCAGUGCUGCCAGAGCCUGUGACGCUCCGUGACACUCAUCCUGCACCUCUCCACAUCCACCUCGACAUCACAACACCUGUGCACUUUUUUUUUUUUUUGACCCUGUCGCUCUGCUCACGGCCAACUCUCGUCACGCUGUCCUUGAUUUUUCUUUCCGCCUUUCAUUCUGUUUUACAUAGGACGUUUAAAGUCACUCGUGCUCUUCUCUUCUGCCAUGAAAGAAAACUUCAAGAAGCCUUUAUGUCACUUGGUCAGUCGAGUUGUCCAUGGAGUCAAUGUGAAGGUUCCUGCACUGCAGGAACGAGGCAGUGUCUGCUGUCUUAAUGAAGCCUGUGAAGUGAACCAAACUCAACUCAGUCCUGUGCAGGGAGGUUGUGAAAUACAUUUCAAUGGUUACCACUAGAUGGUGCUGUGUAAAUAAACUACAGGCAGUUACUCCAAACUGGUGAAGCAGUAUUAUGCAUCUGACAGUGUGGUUCUUCUAUCUUUCUUCUUGCAUCAGAAAAGUUAUCAAGCCAUAAAUAUCCUCAUUAUGUAUUUAUUGAAGAAUAUUUGGCUUAAGUUGUCAUUGUUUUACUUUAAGAACUGUACAAAUUUACAAUAAAAUUCUUAAAAGUA